AUGAACAUAGCACACACAAAAAUCUACAACAAUACACCCAAUUCGACACUUAACACCACACAACUUAGCACUCAGCACCUCAACAUACCAAUCUUUACCAAUACCAACAAAACAACAAUCACGUUAGCGAUCAAAAUGGAGGCCUUCAACAACAGCAACACCGGUGCUUCUGUCACCCCAAAGUCUACCUUCGACAUCGAUUCCUUCAGAACACAUAUGCACAAAAGCCACAGUAGCUCCACUUGUGGAGGCAAUUGUCACGAUACCAUAGAGACAUGUACCUACAAGGCAACCGAUGUGCUUCUCGCUUCUCCUAAAGCUCUCACCGACGAAGGAGAUUUCGACAUAGAAUUCUUCAAAUUCCGCCAUGCAGACAGAUGUGGAUUCCGAGAAGCUGAAGAAUAUUUCGCCAAGGCGACUGCCGCUGCCGCCCUCGAACAACAGUAUGGGGGUCUUUAUCAAAUAGCACAAUUCAACAACAACGCCAAAAACAACACCACCAACAACUAUCCCACGGGUAGUUCUCCAAUCAUCAAUCAACCAUUCCCAAGCUUCAAUGAAUCCGAACCUGCUCAACAAUUCGAAACUGCUCAGCAAAUCGAGAACAGCACCAUCUAUAACCAAGGAGUCGUUCCCAUCUGGUACGCUCUACUGCCUCCUCAGCAAAUCGGAAAUCUGCUCAACAAUUCGAACCUGCUCGGCAACCCGAAAACUUCCCUCGCCAACGAGAGCAGUCUUCAAGGAAGCUGCAUCUCAACGCCAAUUCCAUCCUGGAUUUUUCAGCAAUUUUCAGUAAAUUCGAGCACUGUGCGUGUGUGCGAGUUUGCUUUGUCACUAUGUAAGUAUACAAGGACCCAUCAUCACAUUCCGGAUAUAUCUUGUUUCUGCUUAGUCAUCACUCCCCUCUCAAUCUUCUACUCAGUGGCGGCUGCUGAUUUAUUGUCUAGACAACGCAAGGACAAUAAAGCAAGCAGAGCCCAAGAAGUCGACGAUUUCUUCUGGGCAAAUACCAGUAUCUAUGAAAUUCCAGGAAAGACUUGGGUUCCAUGGGCUCCUGAACACCAUUUUGCACACCAAAACAGGACCAUCACCUCUCAUUUUGAUUUCGUCGAGGGUCUCAAGAGAGUUGCGAAGGAAGAUCUCAAAUCCCGCGACCUCGAUACCAAGUUUCCAAGAUUGCAAAGAAUCCAGGACAUGAUGAACCUUCUUCGCGGGAAUCCCGUUACAACUGGACUUACCGCUAGUCAGUUGGCCAGUUGGAAGUUCAAGGUCAACAAAAACUACGAAGUUGUCGAGGAACAUACAUUUGACAAGGAUGGACUACUACGCAUCCCUGAAUUUCUAUACAACAAAUCGGAACUUAAAGUCGCUUCCAACAAGAAGGAGGCUUCCCGCAAGAAACUUCUUGCUUUCUACGACAAACACAAAGACUGUCUGACCGGAUGUAUGAGAGCACCAAUCACAACUUUGGAAGAUUCUUAUCUUCUUCUUGUCGCUGCUCAUGUUGCUCCUGAUGGAAAGCACCGUGGCCGAGACGCGACUAUGGAGUACCUGCGUGGAGGUCUCUCCGAAAAUAUCACCAAAGAAACAUUGUGGAUGUUCAUCACAGCAUGUCCAACUUGCGAAGCAACCACCAACAAGAGAAAGCGAGAUGAUGAUGAUCCAGCAACAUCUUCAUCAAAACGCACCAAGGCUCAUCCUGUUGCUCAACCUCCGGUCGAACAAUUUGACCAAACAUUUCAACAACCUCUCGGACAAGUCACCGACACCGUUCCCGUUCCGGGGCCUGAACAAUCUUACCAUUCAUUUGAACAACAACUCAGAGAAGUCACCGACACCCUUCCCUAUGUUCCGGAGCCUGAACAAGUUUAUCAAACAUUUGAACAACUUCUCGGAGAAGCCACCGACACCCCUUUCAAUCUUCCGGAUCUUGAACCAUUUGACGAAACAUUGCAACAACCUCUCGGACAAGUCACCGACACCUUUUCCGAUGUUCCACAACAGGAGGAGCAAAUCGAAACGUUCGACUUCCUCACCACCAACAUUGAUCCACCUCUGUACUCCUCGGAAGAAGAACGACAACAACGAGCAUACGACAUUUUCUCUGACUAAGCAACCGAGGUCCAAAGGCGAGUGGGAUAUGAGCUUGGUUUAUUUUGGGUAUUGGGAUGGUACCCUUGGGUCACACAAGAUGGAGACGUGUGGCCUAAGGGACGAAGGGAUAUGAACUUGGCUUUCUUGUCGCAACAACUUUUCAACAACAACAACAACAACAAAGUACCGGACUCACUGGAGGAGAUGGGAGUAUACCUUUUGUCCUGACUGUCCACCAAUAUGCAGCAGGUUUUAACGGUACUCCCAUGGGCACACCAAAAAAAAGUUGAAAACAGAAAACAAUCACCAAAAAAAGAAAUCUCUUCUGUCUUCUGUUUCUUGCUUGUAUUUGGAAUUUGGAUUUGGAUUGGGUUUUGGUAUAUGUACUCUAUCUCGUCGAUUGGAGUUGGAACUUCCU